UACGUUACCUUGAAGAACUGUACAAAUUACCACAUUUUCUUUGUCUCUUCACAAAACUGUCUGCUUAAACAAAUACCACCUUCUCAAAGUUAUUUUAGUAAUGUACCAGCUGAAGCCUUGGCCAAAGGGAAACGAUUUUUUCGUGUUGCAGGCAAUGAACAACCAUAACAUAAAAGUCACCAACUUCACCAACCUAGACGCCGUGACGUACCCCAUCAUUAAACUAAUCGGAACCAUAGACUACGAAGUCAGUGUCUCCUGCCAAAACCAGACCGACAAGAACGUCUACCUGACCCUGAACAACAACUCCAACAUACUCAUCACCACGAACCUGAUCGAAAACAGGUUCAAGUUUCUAGUCGAACUCCAAAGGGGCAAAAAUCAAAUCAAUAUCAAAUUCUGCUGUGAGACUAUCGGGAUUACGCUAGAGUAUUUUUCUAUCAAAUCCGAGAAUUCUGUGAUACCGCUGUAUGUGAUUUGCGACGGGCACGACGGAUACUUCCAGGCCCCCCCGUGGGAGAAUAACAAUGUCGAAAGUGCCUGCAAGAGAAUUACUUUGUGUUCAAAACUGCUCCAAUGCGUUACGGCUGAAAAGCUAUACGAGCAAAACUUGGGGAGGAAAACGUUUUGCUUGGAAUCAGACUGCCAGGUGUUCCACAGCGAAUUGAACUACCUGGAGGCCAGGAACAUGACUCAAGUGGAACUGUGGGAAUAUAUAGGAAGAGAAAUCAUGAAGUCUGAUAUAGCGUGCGAAAAUAAAAAAUACCUAGCGUUUCUGUCGUGUACAAGGUACUGGGGAGAAAAUUACACCGAAGCGAUGAAAACUCAUGAGGAUCUGUUGCAAAUCACCCAAGCAUAUGUGGCGCUAGGAGGAGGGGGUUUGGCGUUGUUCGGAACGGCUUGUCUCUACACUUGGCCCGAGAGUUUCGAAGAGAUCAUUCUCAGAUUUGAAGACACCACGUUAGUCGACCGCGCACUGUUCUUAGAUGAUAGUUGCUAUAGGGGUACAGUCGGAGCAAGUUUUUCGACGACUUUGGGAUCAGUCCUACACGAACUGUACCACACUUUCGACUUGGGUCACACAGAAGAGGGGAUUAUGAGUCGGGGUUUCGACAAUAUAUACAAAGUAUUCACUCGUCCUCACUCCACCGCCCAGAAAUCAAAUUCUAGUCAUGACAUGACCAAAACUCUCCAGGAUAAGAUCGAAUUCAAGGAGGAGUUCGAGUCUGAGAGUUUAGUUGAAAGACUGCAGAAGGAAAAUAAGAGAAAGGAAUUUACCGUUAUCAGAAAAAUAGACGAGGAAGCUGACGAUACGUUUUUGACGAGAAGUUGUGCUGUUUUGUUAUGCUAUCACAGAUGGUUCAACCAAAGUACAUCCAGACAGUGUUCAUUAUUGUCCUUCGAUUGCUUCAACAAACUUAUAAAGUCAACCUCUGGAAUCAGAGUCGUCGAAAUACGAAGUAAAAACGUGGAACUCAUUAUUCAUAAUUGGACCUUUGAAGGAAGGAUCCUGAAAUUUUCAUUUCAAAUACCCCAGGACGUCAUAAUCAGUUUGAACGAGGAUAGCUACAUCAUGUUUGUUGAAGACACAGUCGGUUGCAUUUUGAAAGAGGAAUUUAGCAUGUAAGGCAUUUUCUGCAAAAUUUGAGGGGUCAGUAAAUUUUUUACGAGGAUAUUCAAAGUACUCAAUAGCUUAGGCUUAGCGAAGAUAAUGUCCAACCCACCUUUUCACAAUUAAUAGAAUUACCAAAUCAAUUUUGAAAAUAGUAAUGAUUUAAUCAAGAAAUUAUUUAAUAUAUUUUGAGUGUUCGCGCCCAAUUGCAGUGACGUACUUGCGCACAUUGGUGGUGAAGAUAAAUAUAAAUCACUGGAAUUGCUCCAAAUUGUACAACUCCUUUUUUUUAAGCAAAUCAUCUGGUUUUGACGUUGAACUGGUGGACUGGACGUUCGAAAAAUAACAUAAAUUGCAUGAGAAAUAUUUAAAAUCAAACUCUUUCAUUUAUUUUUAUACGUUCAGACGAAUUUUGCUACCGUAGCAAUAUAGCAAUUAGCAGAAGUGUAUUAAAAUAUAAUAUAAAUAUGUAUCUGACUGGCUUAGGCUAAAUAAUAAGCGUGUUCGUUUUUCUAACUUUCUCAUUUAAAGGAAUACGUCCAUUGAAGCGCUCGGCUAAAUAAAAAAAUGUCUUCCUAAAUAUAUGAUAUAGAUAAUAAUAGAUAAUAAAAAAAUGUUUUUCUGUGCUAGCAUGUCUGGUUAAAACUCAUAACUACUUCUAGCAAAUGUGAUGGUAUAUUGCUGAAUUUAUUAAAUUAGACAUAUGAAGAGGAUUGAGAGCUUAUAUUAUAUACAUACAUAGUUUAAAUUUCAUAUAGUUGCAAAUUUCUAUAAAAGAACCAAAUUCGAUCCAUUUUUUCCAGUCUUGUUUCUGUCUCCAAUUAAAUUGAAAUUGCAGCAAAAUUGCUUCUUAGAUAUAGUGUAGGUUUAAAUUUGGUUCAUCUUUUAAAAUAAACUCCUGGAAAAAUAUUAACGCAACCACUGAAAAUUGGUCCCAUUUUCAAAAUUAAUUUUCGCGUGAUCGGCUAAUCUCUUUUUUGAAUUAUAAAUUUCUUCCGGUUGUCGGAAAUAUUUUUGCAAAAAAAAUUUUUUUCAAUACCUCCUAUGUUACCACAAUAAUAGGGAAAAACAUCUUUGGAACUGCCGCUGACUCUAUUGAUAGCUCGUCUAGUUUUACAAACGUGUACACAAAUUGUUGUACAUGAAUAUGUGCAGUUUACUCACAGUUUUCAUCACCGUGUCCAAUAAUUUAUUAUUACUUUAUUGAUGGCCAUUUCAGUAUAUUCAUUCGCACUUAUUGACACGCACACAAACAUAGCAGGCAAAAUGUCUCUUCACAAAAAGGAAACACAGUUAAAGGUAUGAAACACUUGCUCAUUAAUAAUUUUGUUUGAAAUUUCCCAAAGCGAGUAAAACUAUAAUUAUUCAAAAAAAGAUCGGCAAAAUUAAAUUAACCUUUCAUGAGAAAAACAACUUUUAGUGGUGUUAUGUUUGCCCUGGAGUUAUAAACCCUAGUAGAUUGGAUUUGUGUUGGAAAACUCUUGCUUUCUACCAUCUCACUUUACAGUUUCAUCAAACUGUUUUCGCAGAGGAAAAUAGUUAUAGCAUUACAGGGUAUUUCAAAUUACUGUCUACCUACUUUUGAAUUUCCUCGUAUUUUUCUUUAUAUAAUGAAAAGCCAAAUAAUUCUCAUAGCUUAGAACACCAUAAUCGAAACACAAGAAUACGUAAGCUAAAAUAAUCAAAACAUAGAUUUAGAGAAUAAUGAGAAUCGAUAAGAAUUUUGCUAUUGUUCGUGUGUAUAUGUAGCAAAUAAUAGAUGAUAACUAUUUAUUUUAAUUAAUUUACUUAUAUUUAUUGUGAG